UGCAAUAAAGAAGUAUUUAUUCAUGUACGUUCUCGGAGAAAGCGAUAACAAUAAAAAGAGCAAAGCCUGGUCAUUGGAUGACUGCAAUCGGGCAAUUGAUUCGGUCCGAUGGUCAACAUGUAAAAACAAAUUUUCACUUUGUUCUCAAUUGGUAAACCCGAUGAUAGAAAUGCACCACAUCUAUGAAUGAAAGCCAGAGCUCUCUGUUGUAAAAAAGGAUGCAAAGCCAGUCAAUACUGCCAAUUGUCACUAAACUGCACGAGACACAAUGGCACCGAAACAUGAAUCCGAAAAACCAAGAAUUGGCGUCCAAACGACUGCCUUCGUGACGGGAUCGUUUCUAUCAGGUGCCAUGAUGAGUCUGUCGGUAAUCGCAGUUCCGGUCCUCCUCGACACAAAUCUCACUGACUCUGGACACACGGUUCACCAAUGGGCUCGUCUCUACCACUACGGACAUAUCUAUAUGCCUGCACUCGCUGUCGCAACGACCGGGUUGUAUAUAUACACUGCAAUGCGCAAGUGGGCAGCACGGGAACACAAUAGGUUGCUCAUAUAUGCUGCCGCGGGAGUUUCGACCAUUGCAAUUGUUCCUUUUACUUGGGUUUUGAUGGACCCAACUAAUUAUAUAUUAUUUGGACUGGACGAACUUCCAAAGGGAUCAACACAGAUGAUGGACGAACCCACUGUCCGAAAGCUACUCAUGAAAUGGGCCUGGUUGCAUGUUGUCCGGUCACUGCUUCCCUUGGCUGGCUCGAUUCUGGGAUUGGUUGGCGUCUUGCAGGAGCGCAUUUGGUAGAAAUAAAAAAC